GCCACCGCCGCAAGCGCGAUUCUGGCCACCAGCGCAUUGGCGAUCGAGGUCAAGCUCGGUGGCGACGACGGAUCUCUGGCGUUCGUCCCGAACGAUUUCUCGAUUUCGUCCGGCGACAAAAUCGUCUUCAAGAACAACGCCGGGUUCCCGCACAACGUGGUGUUUGAUGAGGACGAAAUCCCGAGCGGAGUGGACGCCGGGAAAAUCUCGAUGAGCGAAGAAGAUCUGCUGAAUGCUCCCGGCGAGAUCUACGAAGUGCAGCUGACGGAGAAAGGAAGCUACUCCUUCUACUGUUCGCCGCAUCAAGGUGCCGGAAUGGUCGGAAAAGUCACCGUUAACUGAUUUAUUUUGUUUUCUGCUUCCCAUUCUUGUGUGUACCGUUUAUUAUGUUCAGUUUUUCCGUUCAACCGAGGGGGCUCUAGAAUUUUCAGAUUCAACGUAUAUGAGACUGAUAAAAGUAAUAAACCGCAAAUAAUGUAAUUUAUGUGCUCUCGUGGGCUUUCUUCUUCCAGGCCCAUUUAGCACUUAACGGCCCAAUUAAAAACUUGGGUAAAUGGGCUUCUUUUUGCAUAUGAAACCGGCCCGGUUAGAGUUUGCCUUGCCAGUGGGGCCCUGCUGCAACACUGGUAGUACGCGUAUAAUAUUGGGAGUUCGCGCCACUAUAAGUGCACUUUUUGCAA